AUGCCUUAUUCAGCGUGUGUCGUGAAUAUUAUCUCCUACAAGAAUGCCGUCUCGCUGUAUCCACGUGCUACUUUCGAGGAGCGACGUGCUCUGGUAUGUCCCAAUGGUCGAUCAGAACAAGAGCUCGCGGUUGAGAAGUACAGCGCGCGGGGCUGGGAUAUGCUUCGUGUGUUGCCCGAGUCUGAACGUACUCGCUUAAAUCCGUCUUUCCGGCUCGGACCCCGCUGGCUCGAAGAUAGUGAUAGCUGGAUCAUUCCUCUUGACAUGGCUGGCGUGGAACCUCUUCCAGUGAUAUCUCCCAUCUCUGCACCUAUCAAGCAGGACCCGGUGACCGUUACUACAUGGGAACUAUCGCUCACAGAGGAGUUCGGCGGCCAAAUGGAAUUUUUCUACUUAUCCCACCCUACCGGCCUAUUCUAUGAGUACCUCAUCGGGGACGCGGAGAUAUACCUAUUCAUCAAGCGAGUUAUCGCGCUGAGGAUAGAUGCGCAUCGUGUUGCUACGAGUACUUCUUCGUCGUCGAACCACAAACAUUUCGACGCAUCUGUGCUCACUAUUUGUACGGCGCUUCUACGGGAGCAGCAACUGGUUGGGCUUCGACCUUGA